CCCUUUCGAGGAAGUCGGAGGAACUCCAGAGGAAUGACUACAUUCGACCAAACACGGAAACUUUUGGAUUUUAAUUUUCCACCAAAGAAAUUGCAGUAGCAACUGGAAAUAGCCAGCGCUAUAAUUGUUGAAAAUAUAUUUGCUUUUAGAUCAUCAAACCACAAGAAGUUCUUUUUCUUUUCUAUUAUUUCUAAAGUUUUCUUUUUUAGAUUAUCUACUGGUAUAUGAGUAGAUAAAACAAAGCAAUUCCAGAUUCUCAGAAAAGGUACCAGAAUCUCUCUUAGGCCAUAAAUACGCAGCCAGCUUCUAACUCUGUAGGAGUUCGUUGAAAGGAAAGCAUUCAUUCAUGGCAGCCCCUUAUGAAAAUGUGCCUCCUGCUAAUCUAGAGGGAAAGUAUAUGGCAAUUAUAGUAUGCUGGCUUCUUGGAAACGGGUGCCUUGUUUCGUGGAACAGUAUGCUUACUAUUGGAGAUUACUAUUCUGACUUGUUCCCGAAAUACCAUUCUGCAAGGGUCUUGACUCUUGUAUAUCAGCCAUUUGCCCUUGGAACACUUGCAAUAUUGGCAUACCAUGAGGCAAAAAUCAAUACUAGACGAAGGAACCUAUUUGGCUAUAUCCUGUUUUUUAUAAGCUCUUUUUUGGUUUUAGUUUUGGAUUUAGCUACUUCUGGAAAAGGGGGACUUGGAACUUUUAUUGGAAUAUGUGCCAUUAGCGGUGCUUUUGGAGUUGCAGAUGCUCAUGUACAGGGAGGAAUGGUUGGGGAUCUCUCCUUCAUGCGACCUGAAUUCAUUCAAUCUUUCCUUGCCGGCUUGGCUGCAUCAGGGGCUCUAACCUCUGCUUUGAGGUUGAUAACAAAAGCAGCUUUUGAAAGUACCAAGGAUGGUCUUCGCAAGGGUGCACUUUUGUUCUUUGCCAUUUCCACCUUUUUCGAGCUUCUUUGUGUUCUUCUCUAUGCAUUUGCCUUUCCGAAACUUGCAAUUGUGAAGUAUUACCGUUCAAAGGCAGCCUCAGAAGGAUCAAAAACCGUUACAGCUGACCUUGCUGCUGGCGGCAUCCAAACCUUACCACAACAAGAGGCUGAGGAAGACCCAAAACAACUUGAGCGGCUAAGCAACAAAGAAUUGUUAUUUCAGAACAUUGAUUAUGCACUUGAUAUGUUUCUGAUAUAUGUUCUGACACUAUCUAUUUUCCCUGGAUUCUUAUCUGAAGAUACUGGAUCUCACAGCUUAGGUGCAUGGUAUGCUCUUGUUUUGAUUGCAAUGUAUAAUGCAUGGGAUCUUAUUGGAAGAUACAUUCCACUCUUGAAAUUCCUGAAGUUGGAAUCACGGAAAGGUCUCAUGAUAGCAAUUCUCUCUCGGUUUUUACUCAUCCCAGCAUUCUAUUUCACGGCCAAGUAUGGUGACCAAGGAUGGAUGAUACUGCUCACAUCCUUCUUGGGGUUAACGAAUGGUUACCUCACUGUCUGUGUCCUUACUUCUGCGCCAAAAGGUUACAAGGGACCGGAGCAGAAUGCCUUGGGAAACCUUUUGGUUUUGUUUCUUCUAGGAGGUAUUUUUGCAGGGGUGACACUCGACUGGCUGUGGCUAAUAGGCAAAGGCUGGACUCUGUUUGUUUGGCCGAGUGCUUGCCCUAUUCUCCUCUCACCACUUACUGCACACCUCGUCACGUGGAUUUGUAGUCUUUUGGUGUGUAAAUGAACAUUAAUCUAAUCUUUUCUUUUGAAAAGAAUGGCAUGUUGAUCAAAUGGUACCUGCUAAAGCACAAUCGACCAGGAAAACAAAACGAAAGGAAUGGGCUAAACAGCAAGGAACUUUAAUUGGGAUAGCCUUCAUAUGGUUACCAA